CCCAAACUUAUGACAGCGGCAGAUUGUACCCAAUUGUUCGACCCGUCUUGCACUUCAAGUCUGCUCCCAUCAAGAGGGGCGAGCCAUCGAUUUGUGAUAAAAGUCUUGAUACGCUAGGUAUUUUGUGGUUUCAAUUGUGCGCCUUACUUUUGAACCGCACCAAUCUUCCUCAUGUCAGAUCCAUCUGAUUAUACCGUUGGGUGGAUCUGCGCCAUUGAUACCGAAUAUGUUGCUGCCCAGUCAUUCCUAGACAAAGAGGACGACCAACCAGAGACUCUUUCUCCCAACGAUAAUAAUUGCUAUACUCUAGGCGAGAUUGGUGUCCAUAAGGUUGUAAUUGCUGUCCUGCCUGAUGGAGAGUAUGGUACCUCGUCUGCAGCGAGUGUUGCGAGAGAUAUGCUCCACAGCUUUCCUAAUAUUAGAAUUGGUCUAAUGGUAGGUAUUGGUGGUGGUGUACCGAGCAGGCAUGAUAUUCGUCUUGGUGAUAUUGUGGUUAGCGCGUCGCGUGAUGGAGAAGGUAGUGUCUUCCAAUAUGACUUUGGCAAGACGGUUCAAGGUCAGAGUUUCUGCCGAACAGGAUUCCUAAAUCAGCCACCUACCGUCCUGAGGACAGCGGUGAGCGGACUCAGAGCCCAAUACGAGAGGAAGGGACAUCAGCUUGAGGAAGUCAUAAGCAACGUACUGGAGAAGAACAAAAGAAUGCAAAAAAAAUACAAACGGCCAGACUUGGAUAGACUUUACCCAAAUCAUAUUAUCCACCCCCCAGAUAGCAAAGCAAGUUGCGCCGAAACAUGUGAUUCGACUAAAUUGAUAUUACGAUUGAAACGGACUGAGGAUGAGGAUAACCCCAUGAUUCACUAUGGGUUAAUCGCGUCGGGAAAUAAAUUGAUGAAAGAUGCUUUGAUUCGGGAUAAGCUGACAGAGGAGAAGGACAUUCUAUGUUUUGAAAUGGAAGCAGCGGGGUUAAUGAACCAUUUCCCCUGUUUAGUAAUCCGUGGCAUCUGUGAUUACUCGGAUUCCCAUAAGAGUAAGGAGUGGCAAGGAUAUGCAGCAAUGGCAGCAGCAGCGUAUGCGAGAGAUCUCUUAUAUCAAAUAAUCCCUCAGCGGGUGCAGGGUGAGAAAAAGAUAAGUGAUAUUCUUUCAUCUGUCAAGGAAGCCAUAGUUGAAGUUCAAAAGACAACUCAAGAUACAAAUUUUAUUAUCAACGAGCAGAACCAACGCGAAGAGCAUCAAGCUAUUACCAGAUGGCUUACGCCGGUAGAUUAUGGUCCUCAACAAAGUGAUUUCAUUAAUAGGCGACAUAAAGGGACUGGAGAAUGGUUGUUAAGAUCGAAUGAAUUUCAGCAGUGGUUGAAAGAAGGCCAUCAGAGUCUUUUCUGUCCAGGUAUGCCCGGAGCAGGAAAGACAAUUGGAACGUCUGUUGUUAUCCGCUACCUCCAGGAGAAAUUUGAAAAAGAUCCUACCAUCGGCAUUGCAUAUUUGUAUUGCAAUUUCAAGCAAAAGGAUAAGCAAAGCCUGAUUGAUCUAAUAUUAAGCCUCUUAAAGCAGCUAGUUCAGGAACAGCCUUCUAUACCCAAUAUUAUGAAGGAUCUAUAUAGUCGUCAUGGACCUAAACGAACUCGUCCUUUACCUGAUGAAAUCCUAGAUGCAAUGCGUCAGGUGAUAUCUUCUUACUCAAGGACUUUUAUAAUUGUUGAUGCACUGGACGAAUGCCAAGUUUCAUAUGAGGGUCGUGGAAUAUUCCUACAGGAGAUCUUUAGUCUUCAGGUUAAGACAGGAAUGAACAUUUUCGCGACGUCACGGUUUAUCCCAGAGAUUGAAAAAUGGUUUGAGAAAAGUAUAAGACUUGAGAUCCGUGCUAGUGAUUCAGAUAUACAAAAAUACCUUGAUGGGAAAUUACAGAAUUUCCAAUCAUCAGUUUCAAAGAAUCUUUCUCUCCGGGGAGAGAUCAAGAGCAAGAUUGCUAAGGCAGUUGAGGGAAUGUUUCUCCUUGCACAGCUUUCUGUCGAUUCUCUCGCCUAUAAGACAACACCUAAGGCAAUCAGGCUUGCGCUUAGGGAUUUGGAGACAGAAACUGAAUCGCUAAAUGAUAAUGAUGACAAGCAGUUCAAAGCGUUAGAUCGUGCCUAUAUGGAAGCCAUGGAUCGAAUCAAUGCGCAGUCGCCAGAACACCGAGAGCUGGCAAGGCAAGUUUUAUCAUGGAUCACUUGCGCCAAGAGAAGCUUAACCUGUUCAGAGCUUCAACACGCAAUAGCCGUAGAGAUGGACGAGCGUGAACUUGACAGAGAGAAUAUGACAGAUAUCGAGCUCAUAGUCUCUGUGUGCGCUGGCUUGGUUAUUAUUGAUGAAAAAUGUGAAAUUAUACGUUUAAUUCACUAUACAACGCAGGAAUACUUCGAGCGUACUUGGAGGGCCUGGUUUCCUAACGCCCAUACUGAUAUUACAAAGACGUGCGCUACGUACCUGUCAUUUGACACUUUUGAAUCCGGUUUCAGUCCAACACAUGAGGCUUUUCAGGCAAGAUUAGAAUCAAAUAUUCUUUACGACUAUGCUGCACGGAAUUGGGGACAUCAUGCUCGUAUAUCUUCCAUUGAAGGGGGGAAGUUGAUUUUGGAUCUCCUUGAGAACAGGAAAAAAAUAUCUGCCUGUAGCCAGGCAUUAAUGGCGUCUGAUGGCUUCUCUCGCUACUCUCGCAUCUUCAAUUGGAAAGCUGAAAUGAUAACGGCAAUACACCUCGCAGCAUACUUUGGACUUGAAAAAUCCAUGACAGCCUUACUCGACAGACAACAUGACCCAAACUCCAAGGAUUAUUAUGGUCGGACACCGCUAUUAUGGGCCGUGGAGGGUGGACAUGAGGCGAUAGUGAAGCUGCUACUUGAAAAGGGUGCUGAUCUUGAAUCUAAGGAUCAUGAAUAUGGUCGGACGCCCCUAUCGCGAGCAGCGGAGGGUGGACAUGAGGCGGUAGUGAAGCUGCUACUUGAGAAGGGUGCUGAUCUUGAAUCUAAGGACUGUGAAUAUGGUCGGACGCCUCUAUCGUGGGCCGUGGAAGGUGGGCAUGAGGUGGUAGUGAAGCUGCUACUUGGAAAGGGUGCUGAUCUUGAAUCUAAGGAUCAAAAGUACGGCCAGACGCCGCUAUCCUGGGCCGCAGCGAGUCAGCAUGAGGCGGUAGUGAAACUGCUGCUUGCAAAGGGUGCUAAGCGCCAAUCUUAUUUGGACGUAUCCGAUAUGCAAUUUAUGGCCGGUAGAAAUAACGAUAUGACCAUGCGCAGCAUGCAAAUCAAUAUGAGGAAGCAUAUGCGCUUGGCACUCCGCUCCGUAGGCACAAGACGACUACCUGAAAGGAAGUGAAAAUGAAUGAGAGGAACCCACCCUGGAUGCGGCACGGUCACCGUGAAAGCUUGGUCUACUCACUAUUUCUUUUGCUUUGCGGAGGAACGUGGUCUUAUUAUUUUUAUGUAUGUUAUGCUUGCGUGUAUUUAAUGGCCCCUUAUUUGUUGACUGUGGCUCAUAUACAGUUGUUGAACUAUAGCAAAUUAACUAUACGGCAUCUUUA